CAACGAUAGGCAGAAGCUUCAAGAUUCCCCAUUCUGGCUCUUUAAGCAUGUCAACCGUCCUCAAAACGAUUUACGGUCACUUCUACAGCUGUUCGGCCCAGCAUGUCUCAUGAUUCCCCUGCGAACUUGCAGCUAUUUUCCCCAACGGGGUCUGGUCGCAAUUCACCUUCCCCGCGAAUCGCCCGCAACACCACCGAGGAUGCUUUGUUGAAAAAGGACAAAGGCUAUCGACGAUAUGCCGCCGGCGUCGAACGUGCUCUGGCCCUCUGGGACAGUACCCAGCAGGAAUGGGCCGAUUACAUCUCGUUUCUUGCCCGGCUUUUAAAGGCUCUACAAGCCCAUUCUCCCGAAAAUCCCAUCGUCCCUCAAAGCGACGCGGUCGCCCUUCGAUUGUCCCAAUGUCUCAAUCCUGCUCUUCCAUCUGGCGUGCAUCAGAAGGCCUUGGAAGUAUACGAAUACAUUUUCUCGAUUAUUGGGCACGAUGAUCUCGCACGCGACCUAAAUAUAUACUUUCCUGGUCUGGCACCCGUUCUCUCCUUCGCUUCGCUGUCCGUCCGACCCUUAUUUCUCUCCAUCUUUGAGAACUAUAUUCUGAAAUUAGAUGGGGAUUCUCUUCGGCCCGCGCUAAAGGCUGUAAUUAUGGCUCUCCUUCCAGGCCUCGAGGACGAAACAAGUGAAGACUUCGAGCGCAUGGUCUCCGCGUUGGAUAAGCUACGUUAUGCAGUGCGAUCACAGCCCGACGAGAUCGUAGACGUCAAGAAUGAUGGUGAAUCAUCUCAUUUUUGGCAAUGCUUCUUUUUGGCUACCAUAACCAAUGAGUCAAGAAGACAAGGUGCUCUGGCAUUUCUUGUUCGCCGUCUCCCGAAAUUUCGUCCAUCCUCAGGAGCACUCCCUACGGAAGCGGAGGCUGCUAUCUCACCGGAACCAGGGCUGUUGGUUCGAUGCUUCGAAGCCGGCCUAUAUGAUACUCAACUGUUAAUUCAGCGAAGCUUUUUGGAUCUGCUCGUCACCCAUCUUCCCUUGGACUCACCUGUUCUUCAGCAGCGAAUUAGUGAAGGAGAUCGUGAGCGUUUGGUUGCAGCCGCUGCGGGGGUUGUGUCGCGAAGAGACAUGAGUCUAAAUCGUAGAUUGUGGGCAUGGCUUCUCGGUCCUGAACCUAGUUCUGGUACAGAUGACCCAGAAGCCCUUGCGUCUCCGACACAAACCCGGAAUUCAGGUGUUGACAUAUCAGCACACCACGCCGCCUACUUUUCCCAAUACGGCCUUCAAGCAUUGACUCGAAGUGUUAUAAAGAUGAUCGAUAGGCAGGGCAAGGCAGCAACCGAUCGAGCACGGCCAUUCCGGAUAUGUUUGUCAUUCAUGGAUCGAUUAGAAGUUGGAGGCUUGGUUGUUCCUGAAAUCUUCUUACCCGCAUUGCAGAGCGUUCAAACAUAUAGCGAACUUGCCUCAAAAGAAGAGGUCGACGAAGUAAUGCGAAGCGCCAGCACCUUCUUCGAUGGCGUGGACAGCGGCUUAAUCUGGGGAAAAUUGAUAUUUCUGGUCACCUCGGCCUUGGAUGCAAAAAUUUCCAGCCGAGAGGAAGCAAUUCGCCAGAUCAGAUUGGCAAAAUUUGUACUCGCUCGUUUCAACCUAAAGGAAGAAGAGAUGCUAUUCCAACAUAUGCCUCUCAUGAUACUGGCGACGCUUGGUUCUCUAGACAGGGUGUUUAGUGAGCCUGCUGCAAUCCAAGCUGUCGAUCAGGAAGUUGUUGACAUAGCUUUCGAGAUCGUGGACUCGUUGGUGCAGAUUGUGCCAGACCGCGCUGUUUCGGGGAGCUUUAGUCAGGAAAAGCAACUUCAGAACAUCUUGAAGGAGCAACGCCAAACUAUAUUCUCGAAAGUCCGGGCAUUCUAUGAAGAGAACCAGGGAAACAUCGAUUUCGAGGAUGCGCCAUUCUCCGCAGCUGAAAUAGGGCAGUACAUCCUACGCGAAUCUGCACGCACAUUCACUACAUCGAUCCGACAAACCAAGGUUACCUCUCUGUUUGAUAUGUCCUCGAAUAUUCUCGCAAAUCUCAUCUUCAAAGUGCAGACAUUGGACGUGCUGGAUGAGCUGGAUCUUGUGACCCAGUUUCAGGAAGUCCUGGCGUCCCAGACACAGCCCUCCUUUCCUCGACUUGCAGCAAUUAUAACAGUUCUCACCGCUUUACAAACGGCACGAAAUGGUCAGCCUUUCGUUCCCGCUCCACGCUUACCGGAUGUAAUACAUCCUUUGAUCACGUCUCUUUGGGCAACACUUGCGCCGUUGAUGCCGAAGUUUCAUGUGGAAACGGUUCGUUGUAUGCUACAGUUGCAUGCCAUGUCACCCGAUUCCCGCAUGGUAGAAGCGGCUGUAACAUCCAUUCUGAUAGGACAGACUUCAAAUGGGUUCUCCGAUCCUGCAGCGCAAGCCGAUAGUGCCAGACGCUUUGCCAUCCUCUGGAAUCAUACCAUGCAUGAAUUGAGCUUACAAUCCGAGAAGCGCGGAAGUAUUCCCAGGCGACCAAGUGGUACUGGUCUCCCGUCGCCAGCCGUUAUACCCGGCGGAUUCGCUGCAAUCCUAACCAGGCCGUUACUUAUUCUUCUUGACUCACUCUCGGGAGAAGGUACCGAGCUGCAUGCGUUUACAAGAAGCUGGUUACAAGACCUCCCCACUCUCAACAGAGUUCUCGAUAUUUUGGUCGUUCACCUACAGUCUCUGACUUGUUUGAAUACAACAGAAAGUCUUGCUCCGAACAGCACUGCCCAUUUACAAAUGCCUCGUCACAAGAAAGAAGAUGACACUAGACAGUGUCUUUAUUACCUCACACAUGUGUUGGAGAUUCUCAAACGCCCGUCACAUUACACUUGGGUAACGUUGACAGAAGAAUCUGUCCCGUCCGGCGACGCUACGCGGGUGUCGCUCCAAGAAUGGCUUAUACGUUUAUGUCUCAAAGUACUUGCCAUCGAGAAUGGUAGUGGGGAACGACACCUUCAGGAGCUUUACAAAGUUGCUGUUAUGAUCAUCUCACAUAUUUGUCAUGGUCCGUUUGCCUCCUCAGUACGUGAGCUGGAACUCGAGGUGCCUUUAAUGGCAAGGUUGACUACCGCUGGACCGUCAUUGCAGAGUCUUCUCCUCGAAGCAGCUCUAUCAACACUCAAAUUACGAGCUACCCGUAUCUCAGCAGAGUCACAGGGAGAGCCAAAACAUCCACAACAACCAACACACAGAUCGAGACUAUCUCUUGUAAUGGAUAGAAGCUCGGUAGAGGUUGAACAGGAGCCCAUCCCACCCCCUCCCCAGCUCGUUGAGUGUCUCAAGUAUGGCUUUUCGUCCCCUGCCAGUCGUCUGGUGCUAGACGAUUGGGUGCAAUUCCUAACCGAGGUCUUACCACUGUUCGCCGAUGCCAUUUUCCAGAAUCUACUUCCCUUGGUUGAGUGCCUCUGCAAGCAGAUCAACAAAACUUUUCAAGAACUCAAAUCUAUCUUUAGCACUGAUAGUUACAACACCAAUGUGUCUCCCGAGUCGACCUUGAUUUCGCUCAUCAACGGUUUAGAGCAAAUUUUGGCCAAAGCCCAUGAUCGAUUGUUACUACAAGAAACAAAAAGCACGGCCAAUAAAUCUCCAGAGCUGCCACAAGGGUUUUUCGGAAAUAUGGUCUCGGGCGUUUUUGCAUCCGACACUGGUCAAGCACGCACGCCAACCGCGAAUAGUAGACUCACGGUAUUGUUGUGUUUUCAGGACACAGUGCGCAUUUGUUUCGCAAUUUGGACUUGGGGAGGAUUCGCUCCGAAAGACGGGCGGCUCGACCUGACAUCUGCAUCAUCUUUUGGGUACACUUCAUUAAGGAUGCGCAAUCGUGCUCGAAGGAUUUUGGAACAUCUUUUUGCCGCAGAAGCCUUGGAAUGCUUAGAAACGUUGGUUGUGCUGUGGACGCAAUCUACGAAGCAAGAUAUUCACGCGACUGCAGUAAUGGGUCUUCUCAACGUCUUGAAUGGGUCUAAGCCCAAACACACCAUUCCAGCCAUUUUCAAUGCGGUGUAUAGUAGGACAAACCCUGGUGCCUUAGAUCCUCAUCUGAUGUCGACUUUGACGUCAGAUCUGGCUGAUACGGAGCUGGUUGCGUUCCUGGUCGACUACACAAAGUCGCUGGAGGAUGACGCAAUGGACGAGAUCUGGGGAGACUGUCAGGUUUUCUUACGCGAUGUCCUCGCGAACCCCCUACCUCAUCGACAAAUAUUGCCUUGUCUACUGGAGUUUACUGCUGUGAUUGGACAGAAGGUAGACAAUACCAACUUCGGCGAGCAGCGGAGGAUGAGAAAAGAAUUAGCGGACAUCUUUACACGGAUUCUAACAGCAGUCUUCACCACUCGAUCCAUGGGAUUCUUACAAGAGCCUGCGCAGGCGGCGACAUCUGAUAAACAUAACUCUACUAACGGCAGCCAUGGUCAAAAACGUGCAGUCGAUGUUGUCACCGUUCUCGCAUCAAUUGUGCCGCACCUACCUUCAAUCUUAGUAGAGAACGAUCGAGUCUUGACUGUGGUUUCCAGCAUAUCUACCAACGUAGUGGGCCCGACUUUCCGUGCAAAGGCUUUCCCAGAUAACGUUUCCAAAACCAUGCUGGACCUCCUCUACAAACUGGCACGAAUCUCGCAGACCAGCAAGAUGUGGAAGAAAGAUAUUUAUGAUGCGUUUUAUGAUCAGCGAUUUUUCAAUACACCGCUUGCGAUACUGAAAGAAUCAUGGCUCCCCGUUCUCGCGCAAUGGACUCACUCUGACAAAGACCGUUUACCGGAUCUUCUUUCCAGACUGUCUGCUCCGACAACAGCAGGCAUCAUGUUUGGCGUAGGAGCGGCAUCUGCUCGGCAAGAAGCUGACCGAAAGACCCAAUUCACGUUACGACGGAUCUCAUUGCUUAUCCUAGCCGGCCCCGCAGAUGCCUUCACCACAAGUCUGCCACAAAUCACAGAAAAGAUUGUCGAACUCCUCACGGCGACGCCUGCUUCCUCUCCAUCUUCCUCUACCCGAGCAGAAGUCAUAGUCCUCCUACGUGCCCUAAUCCUUCAAACAUCACCCGUUCAUCUAGCCCCUCUCUGGCCCAUCAUAAACGGUGAACUCACAUCGAGCCUAUCGUCUCUGUUGCCAGAUGCAGAGAACAAAGAUACGUACAAUGGUCCCGGUAUUAUCCAAGCAUGCAAGCUAUUGGAUGAACUUGUUGUACUCGAUCCGGACGAAUUCCAGCUCAUAGAGUGGCUAUUCAUCACAGACACCAUCGACGCUGUGUACAAGCCUACUGACCCGAGCUAUACAUCAUCAUUGACAGAUGAGAUAGCAGAGAUUCUAUCUGCAUCCGGAACAGGAAACCUACGAUCUACUCCACAUGCCAAUACGUCAUCGUCCGGAGAACCAAAGAGGACGCUAUAUCUGGAUCCACUGAUCGAGGCAUUAGAGAAGGAGGAAAAUGCCGAUAUUAACGAUAUGGCAAGGCGAGAGCUUGUGGACAGGAUCAUCCGACCUUUCCUGGGAAGUUUGGCAAUGGUCAAAUUUGAGGCUACAUAUGGAGGUGGUGAGGCGGAUCGGAAAGGGGUUUGGGACAGUAUCGUUGCCGAUGCUAGUGGCGUAGAGUAGUGCAGCAAAACAACGAUCAACGAAGUGUUGGAUGGCAGUUUCAAUCAAAUGAUAUACAAUGCUUGAAGCUCUAUGGCAUAGUGAAAUCUCACAAGCAAGCUAGAAGGUCUGAUAGUUCGUUACGCACACAGCAUAGACUGCUGUACAAUCAAUCAUUCAAG